AAGAUGGCGGCCCGCUGGGGAACCGGUGAGGAGAUGUUAACAGCCUGUAAACUAGAGUAUUUUUCAUCAAUGAUUCUUGACGAGUCGGAAAUACUACAGGAGGGUCUGUGCAGUCUACAGCACAAUAAUCUGGACACUGGAGAUGCGCUUGAAGCCUUGCAUGGCUGCUUGGAUCCAUCCAUUCUGUCAAUCUUUGAAGACUCUACAAACGGAGAGGUUAAAAGUGGUGUUAAUGAAGAAAGUGAAGCAACACUGCUCACAGCUCUCACUGAAAUACUUGACAAUGUAGAUGAUGAAAAUCUGUCUCCUUUUGACACUCUACCUGACAUGGAGCUUUUGCAAGGCCUGAAAGGGCAGAAAGACCAUGAACACUCGCCUAGACUUGAUUGUGGUGAAGAUGGUGCUGCUAGUUUUUCUGAACUUAUACAGGAUUUGGAUGUAUCGUCGGAAUUGGACUGGUGUCUUCCCAUAUCCCUGGAGCAGGAUGGGGAGACUUUGUCUGUUACUCUCAGUGAUUUGGUCAAGCACAUGCACCCGUAUGCCAUGAUUUUGUGUGUAGAGGGGGAGGAGCAGCUCCUGCCUGAAGGAGGAAUGAUUUUGGAGGUGAUGGAUAAAGGAGAACAUGGAGAACCCAUUCUUGCUAUCCAAGACCUGAGUUUUCCUCUAUCUCUGGAUAGUUUAGAAGAUGAACAGAGUGUUCCAGAAAAGGUUAUGUGUAAACAUGAAGACGCUACAUCAGAGGUAGCUUUCUCUAAGGUUUCACCAGUCAGGGACAGCAAACUGGAAAAUGUGAAAAUUAAACAGCCUAAGAAAGAGUUACCUGAAAAAAAGCAUUCAAACAAGAAAAAGAAACGGAAAGAAGAACCCAAACCUGCCGAAGGAAGAUUGUUAAGGAGCGUGUCCUCUAAUGAGGCCGUUGAGGAACCGAGUAAGGAAGAACAAAAGAGGAGGAAAAAGGUCACGUUUGCACCUGAGCUUACUGUAGAUGAGAAGACGCAUCAAGUUAAAUCUUCAGAGAUGAAGACAACUGAGGAAUUGGUGCCUAAGGAAAUUCCUUCCUCCACCAUAUCCACCACAGCAAAUCUACCAUCAAGUCAAAUCUGUACAGAGGUCAUGAACUCAAAACACUUGAAUGUGCCUGAGGAAAAAGCCACACCUGGUGAAUUACUUGGUGACAAAUGUAGAGAAAUUGUUGUGCUUUCAGAGCAGCAGCCUGGAGUCAGCCAGCCAAGUGAACCCAAGCAAAAAUCACUCAGUUUACAAGAGUACCGUCGUCUUCGCCAGCAGAAAAAACCAGCUCCUCUGGAGAAGGUGGGUGAUAACAGCACUAAAUGGCCUACUUUACCUGAAGCACCCAAGGAACUUCCUCCAAUCCCCUGCCUGCCUAACCCCAUCCCUAAAGACCCACGUCGUGCAGCCUCCGCUCCUGUGAAAAAGGAUGUCCCUGAAAUCAUGCCUGCCUGGCAGCCAAGAGGCCCUGGAGCACCCCCGACUCCUCAGGCUUUGCUGGUUCCACCAGCAUCAAUGUUGGCUGCCUCUAAAAAACCUGUGUCCUGCAAGCCAGUUUCUCCAGCUCCCACAAAACCUGCAGAAAAUUUAGCCACACAUCCAAGCUCCUCCACACAGCCUAAUUCUCAGAAACCACUUGUUCAAACCAAUAUGCAAGAGAACACUAUUCCCAACAAGGUAUCUCAGGCUGCUAAGCAGGCAUCAGCUGAAAUUGCUCCAUCACUACCAAUGGCCACUACAGUUAGAGAAGCUCAGAAUCUCCUUGCAGCUGAGCAGGCAAAAUGUUUACAAAAUACCCCCUCUGCUUCUUCUCAGGUCACAGUGAGCCAAUUAUCAGCCCCCUCUAAGGAUCAGGAAGUCUCCCAAGCUCAGGUUGUGCCUGAAAUCACCACAAUCACUACAAAAAUUGAUCCCUCAAAGGUUGCUUCUAAUCAUCUUAGUGCUACAAGUGUAGCUGAGCAAACGGUGAAAGUUUCUGUGCCUCAACCAGCAAAGCCUGCUCAGUCAGCCAGUGCUGCCAAGCCUGCUGUCAGCUCCCAACGUCACAUUGCACCCAUAGCUCUUCAGCCUUUCUCAUCCGCUCCAAUUCAGGCCAGAAUUAUGAAGUUGUCAGAGCAAAUGAGGAUGGCUUCUGCUGCAGUACCUAAAGCUAAGAACCAUACUGCAGAGCUUAUAGAGUCCUUCACCAGUGAAAUUGGUAUUGAGGCUUCUGACCUCACCAGCCUUUUAGAGUGGUUUGAAGAGACUCAGACCAAAGAGGAGCAGAAUGUGCCAGAUGUCUGUGGUAGAGCAGCUGCUGUAGGAAACUCCAGUGUGGAGCAGCAAGUAGCAGUCAAAAAAGCUUGCAGUCCUGAUCUGGGCAGCACAGCAGGCCUUACUCCACCAGCCACACCUCCUCAUCAGAUGUGGAAACCCUUGGCACCAGUUGCAUUAUUAGGAAAACCAACCAAGUCAGAAAUGCCUAAAUCAGCUCCAACUAAGGCAAUUCAAAUAGAGCCACUGCGUUUGCCUGCCAGCAAACUCCAAUACAAGCCCCAAAUUUCUAUUACUCUUGGACAGAUCCAGCCUUUUUCUCAAGACCAUGAUUACUGUGUGUUUUCAAAGGAACCUUCCCAGAAUGAGCUGGGCAAUCUCCAAUCUGCCAAGCAACAACCGAGCAACAUAAAAUCUGUUGAGUUGCCCUCUACAAACAGCAAGGCAUCUGCAGAGACUGGAGCUAAACUCCCUUCAAACACCACCACUAAAGAAAGCGUUCAGGAAAAUGUAAAAUCUCUGCCCCUUGUAUGUGGGAGUCAGUCUGAGAGGCAGGCCCUGACCACCACAGGCAUUGUGACUCCAGAUGCUUCUCCAGAUCGACUGGAUUCUGAAAGAUUUCAGGGAUAUUCCAAACGUUCCCCCAGCCCGUGCUGCCAGAAAAGAGGCCGUACACAGAGAAAAUACAGAACCAGGUUACCUAGCAGGUCUGGCUCCACAUCAAGCAGUUCUGAAUCAUCUAGAUCACGCUCACCACCCAGGAAAAGAUAUAGAUCUCGCAGCACAUCCAGAUCUCCUUCAAGAUACCGCACCUCUUCCCAUUCACCAUCUCGUCGCCAGCGCAGAUACUCGUAUUCCAGCUCCAGCUCUGAUUCUUGGAGCCGUAGCCGUUCCCGGUCUCGAUCACAUUCCCGGUCUCCCUCUUACAGGUCUCACCACUGGGACGCUCGUCGCAGCCCUAAUCAGAGAUCUAACUACUCCUAUGAUUUAAAACAUCAUAAUGAGGAAGUCAGAAGACGCAAAGAGAAAGCUAUUGAGGAGCGUAGAAUAGUUUAUGUUGGUCGCAUUCAUGGAAGCAUGACCCGUAACGAGCUGAGGGAGCGCUUCUCAUACUUUGGGGAGAUUGAGGAUUGCACUGUACACUUUAGAGAGCAUGGAGACAACUAUGGCUUUGUCACAUACUACAACACGAAGGAUGCAUUUAAUGCUAUUGAGAAUGGAAGCAAGCUGCGGCAGCCAAAUGAACUUCAAUUCGACAUGUGCUUUGGAGGCAGGAGACAGUUUUGUAGGACGAGUUAUGCUGAUCUGGAUUCAAAUCGUGACUUUGAUCCAGCCCCUUCGAAAAGCAGGGUUCAUGCAUUAGACUUUGACACUUUACUGAAGCAAGCUCAGAGAAACUUGAGAAGGUAACACUUGAGGAAAAAUGGAAGAUGGGAAUCGUAUCAUGUAUUACCUCAGUGUUAUGCACAAACCUUCCAAGUGCUGCCAUUUAGUUUAACGUAAUUAUCUUUUUUCGUGUGUGUGGUUUUUUUUCUUCUGCAAGCUUACACCUUCUAUUGAAGUGAAGAUUUGUAUGAAAAAUUAAAAGAGGAAAAAAAUUGAAUAACAUAAACUAUAUAUUUCAAAGUCAAGGGCAGAUUUUUUUAAAUUACUAUUUAAAUGUUUAACUAAAAAUGUUGGAUACAUUUUAAGAAAUAAAUUGAACAG